UCUUCAAAGCAUACCAAACAAACUCCUUCUCUCUCAUAUUUCCCAUCAUAUCUUUCACUUGAAACAAGUUAAAAAAAAGUGAAGAUUAAACCCAUGACACUUUCUUGUCUUCAUUUCCUCAUUGUACUACUAUGCUCCAAACAUGACAAAAGACUUACCUGAAAAAACUAAACCUGCAGGGUUGACUUUUUUUUUUUAUAUGCAGACCAAAUUAUUAUCUUCAAAUAAAUUAUUACUUGUACCACAAAAACUGCAAAAAGUCAACAAGGGCAACCUUAUUUUUUUUUGUUUUUUUUUUGUGUUUUGCAGCCAUUGAAAGUAAACAUGACUUUUGGACUUCUCAAUAUUAAUAAGUUGUUUUUGUAGUUUCUAUCUUAAUAAGCUUUUAUGUGUUUGUUCUUGAGUGAUUAAUUUGUCUCUUUCUCUUCCUUUCCGCAACAGAACGGCAGAAUCCGUGACCACCCACGUUCUAUAUAGAUCUUCCCUCUUUGUUAUUCUGCAAAAAGUUGAAGCUUUUGGAUUGGUUUGUGAGUUUUUCAUCAUAUUGAUCAUCUGGGGUGUGGAGAAUUUGACAGGUGAAGAAGUAGAUGUUGAGAGAUAGUUGAAACAAAUGGAUAGUCUUUGUUGCUUCAACUCUGUCAGCAAGGCUGUUGGAUCAUGUAGCUCUGGCAAAGGCAAGAGCAAUCAGUACCCUCUUAAGUAUGGUUUUUGCUUAGUUGAAGGGAAACCAGAUCACCCAAUGGAGGACUUUCACGUUGCGAAAAUCGUACAGUUCCAUGGGCGAGAGUUAGGACUUUUCGCCAUAUUUGACGGACACUCGGGCGACACCGUGCCUGCCUACUUACAAAAACAUCUCUUCGCUAAUAUCUUGAAGGAAGAAGACUUCUGGACCGAUCCGAACAGUUCGAUCAUUGAAGCGUAUGAGUCAACAGAUCAGGCCAUUCUUUCUCACAGUCCUGACUUGGGACGCGGAGGAUCGACUGCAGUGACUGCCAUUCUUAUAAACAACCAGAAGUUAUGGAUAGCAAACGUUGGAGACUCGCGAGCUGUUCUGUCGAGGAAAGGGGCCGCUAUACAGAUGAGCAUCGAUCACGAGCCCAAUACUGAAAGACGCAUAAUCGAGAAUAAAGGCGGCUUUGUCUCAAACCUUCCAGGUGAUGUUGCAAGAGUGAAUGGACAGCUCGCAGUUUCUCGAGCAUUCGGAGACAGAAACCUGAAGUCACACUUGCGGUCUGAUCCAGACGUACAACCCGACGAUAUCGAUCAAGAUACUGAGCUCUUGAUACUUGCUAGUGACGGUCUAUGGAAGGUAAUGGCGAACCAAGAAGCAGUUGAUAUUGCAAUAAAGAUAAAAGAUCCACAAAAAGCAGCUAAGCAUUUAACUGCAGAGGCACUGAAAAGAGAGAGUAGGGAUGAUAUUUCAUGCAUUGUAGUUCGUUUCAAGUGAUGAUGAUACAAGUUUGGAAAUCUCAAGUUUGGAAUUUUUAUGUUACAUAGGUUUGGUUUUUUUUCCUAUGUAAAAAAUUGAAGCUCUUGAAUCAAAUUAGUAUUUAUUGAUUUCUUCUA